GUGCGUUGGUGUUCUUUGUUUUGUUCCGUGUUGCAUCAUUGAUCAAUGACAUGCGAAAACCACAGUAUACCCAAAAGUUUCGGGAUUCUUGGCUUCAGGACCCACAUUUAAAAGAUUGGCUUCAAGUAAUUGAAUGAUGGCUUUUACCAAAAGUCUCAAGUGCCACAACAUUUCAUUUCAAACUUUAUGUCUCUGAGAAUUCGACAACAAAUGGGCUUUGUUACUUUUUAUUGACAACCACUUACUAUAAUUUAUGAUCGUAACGAAUUGUUUUAAACAUUUAUUACAUCAUUUAUUUUUAUUUAAUUGUAACUAAACUUAUAACAAUUUGUUUAUUCUGAUUAAUUUGAAUAUCUAAUAUUUGCCGCUUAAUCCGCCAACAGCGAAAUCAGGUGAUAAUUUCAACACAACAGAAAUAAAGUUAGUGUAAAAUUUAGUGCUUUUUUUGAUGGUGCGAUUUUUUUUAGUGGAUUUCUAGUGGUUUUAGAGGGCGAUUCUAGAGGGGAGCUUGAUACGUCGUUGGCAACACUGACUGUCAAGUCAAGUCAAAAGCGGAAUUCCUGAAAUGGUUUUCUUUUCAUGGCUUUGUUUUCUUUUUUGUUUUGUUGGUUUUCAUAAUACUAUGAAUUCUAUGAUUUAAAAAUUAAUUACACCACAGAACUUAUAUUCCAGUUUUAGUAAGAUACUAUAAAGUGAUACUUUGAGGUUGUACAUCAUUAAAUAACAAAGCAACAGUUUAUAUUUUUUAGCAGCUUCAAGCAGAGAAUUUAGAAUAGAAUAGUAGUAGUAGGUUGGAAUGAUGAAUCCAGCUCAGGAUGGUCUUGCUCCACCUGGUGGUGCCCCUUCCUAUCAACAACCCUUAUACUUACAAGAACCACACACACCUGUUACUUCACAUAGUGGUGCAGGUGCCCCAGCUGGCAACUACAUUAUCCAACAACAGCCUGGGGGUCAACAGAGACUUCUGAUGUUGCAACCCACCCAGGUGAUGAGUGGACCGCCCACCCCCAGCACUCCCACACAGCCCUCGGGGCCUGUGUAUGGCUCUCCUCAAAGAGCAUCUCCACCUGGCACUACAAGUGAUGACUCUGAUGAUAGUGUGCCUUCACAUCAUUCUCAGUUGCCUGGUGAUGCGGAAAGCCUUCUGCCUAUCCAUUAUUGCUCAGCGAGCCGGCAGCAACAAACUACGCUUCAUCAGAUGGGUGUGAGUAAUAUAGGAGUCAAGAGGUCCUCACCUGAACCUAUGGAUAAUGGCAUGAAUCGUGGACAGAUGCAGAAAAAACCAAAAGUUCAGAAAAAGAAGAAAAAAAGGGAUCCUAAUGAACCCCAAAAACCUGUUUCUGCAUAUGCUUUAUUCUUUCGAGAUACCCAGGCAGCAAUAAAAGGUCAAAAUCCUAAUGCAAGUUUUGGAGAAGUUUCUAAAAUUGUAGCUUCCAUGUGGGAUGGGCUGGACUCUGAACACAAAAGUGUAUAUAAACAAAAAACAGAAGUUGCUAAGAAAGAGUACCUCAAAGCAUUAGCAGCCUAUAGAGCUAGCUUAGUGUCAAAGGGAGGUGAACAAGAAUCUCCAGCUAUGUAUAAUCAUACCAAUAGUGCCAAUCCUAAUUACGGCAAUUAUUACCAAGGCCAAGCAUAUGGUAAUGGCCACUCGCCCCAAGCCUAUGUUUCAAACCAAGCUCCACAAGGUUAUUCACCUCAAAACUAUCCUGGGGGACAACAGCAACAAGGGUACCAAGGACAAACUGUUGCUUAUCCUGCUAAUCCUCAACAGUCCCCGCAAAGUUACCAAGGUAGCAUAGCACACACUCCUCAGUCAUACCAGGGUGUGCCUGGCCAAUCUCCUCCAGGGUACCAAGUAAACCCAGCGGCAUCACCUCAGACAUGCCAAAACAACAUAGGCCAGUCACCAAGAAAUUACCAGCCCGCACAGUCUCCCUCCAACUACACUGCCAGCUCUGGAAUGUCACCGCCUGGAUACAGGCAGGUCCAGUCUCAAUCGCCCCCAAUGGGAUCAGUACAUGCAGCUAUGCAGUACCAUCAUUCUCAACAGCAAAUGCAGCAAUCUCACCAACAAAUGCAAGCUCAUAAAGUACAGCAGUACCAACAACAUCAUCAACAACAACAACAGCAGCAGCAGCAACAACAACAACAGCAGCAGCAACAACAACAGCAGCAGCAACAACAACAACAGCAACAGCAGCAGCAACAACAACAACAUCAGCAACAACAACAACAGCAGCAGCAGCAACACACUCAGAAUCAGCUGCAAAAUAAUGAUCAACAUUCCCCAAAUAGCAAUGGAACUGGAAUACCUCAACAAUCACCAGAUCAAAACGAAAAUCGGAGUACACCAUCUUGCAUCCGUCAAGGCUGCACCAAUCCGGCCAUAGCAAACAGUGAAUGGGAAGAUGAAUAUUGCUCUAAUGAAUGUGUAGUAAGCCAUUGCAGAGAUGUCUUCAGUUCAUGGGUCGCUUCAAAUAGCAACAACCAGAUUCAAAACUUUUCGGCAGUGAAAUAAAAUUUCGUUUGUACAUAUCAACAUGUAAUAAAAUAGUUCUUAUGAUUAAGAAUAAACCAGGCAAUUGUAUGAGAUUGUAUCAUAAUAGUUAUUAAUAAAUAUAGAUCAUUAGUUAUGUUAAUCUGUUAUGGUUAUUUGUGAAUUCAUUGUUAUUAUCAUGUAGAUCCUUGAUAUAUUUAGUUUCCAUAAUAAAUAGUUUUAACGCAAUUUUCUUCCAUUUAGCAUAAAUAUUUUAGAUUUGAAGUGCAGUCUGUUAUAAAUUUCGCAAUGCACAUAGGUCACUUAUUGUAGCUAAAUUUAUUUCCAUUGUUAAAAAAAUUCUACAACCAUUUAAGAGAUAAUGGCGAUCGAAAAGUAUAAUCUUAAUCACUGGUUCAUGCCUUAAUUUUAAGACCCUGCAUUAUCUUAAAAAUCACCAUAACACUUGUGGUAAAAAGGCUGUGAAUGGAGACAUAUAGAAGAUAUUUUUCUCGUAUUACAAUUUUUGGUAAGACCUGUUUUGAUUCUUAACCUGUCAUUUUAAUAACUAAAACAAGUGGGUUCAAAAUAAUUUGGCUCAUGCUUAAUAACGUCGAACGAAAUUAUCUUUUUGAUGGAAUGGCUUGUUCAAGUAACUGGCUCAAGGCAGUUCAUUGUAGUUGCAUUUAUUUCUACGCCAUUUUAAUUAAUUUUAGUGGGUCCCUAGUAUGUUAUAUUUAUUGGUUGUAUGUAAGUACAUGUUUAUUUGUUCCUAAUUAUAGCUGCUUAGGACACAUUGUAAAAAUUAAAAUAAAAUGAACUUUUAAUCGUAUAACGGUCUAAAUUGUUCAUAGAAAUGUAAGUACUAAAUUGAAGUCUUUAAGUUAUUAGUUUGUAAUGCAAUUACCACUCUACACACAAAUAUAUGGAUAGGUAAAGGCUGGCAUAGCAAUAAACUCGCCUUAUAAUAAAUAUUUCAGUUAUUAACUAGUAAAAAUGUAGAGUAAUAAAUUUCUGUUGUAUUUUUUUUAAACUAGUAUUAUUCGAAAAUUUCAGCUUUAGGUUCUAAAAAGCAUUUAUAAUGAAAAUUAUUAUUAUUUAACUAUUUACGGACACAUUUGAAAUUCAUACACAAUUAGCAUUUUACAUAAGUUCUGUCUAGUGUAAAUUUCCUAAGUCUCAUUCGUAAUAGCAAUAUGUUCUUGUAUCUCUAGAAUAGUAUAGGGAUUAGCUGGACCAAAUUUUUUUUUACUCAAAGCAAGUAUUAAAGAAUAUUUUAAGAUACAAAUUAUAAUUUUUAAUGAAUACAUGAAAAACCUAACGAUGUAAAUAAAUACACGCAAUAAUAGAAGUAGGUAGUGGUAGGAAAUAUCUAAAGCCGUAAGUUUUGAUUUUACGUUAUUUAUUUCAUAGUCGUGGGUAAUAAUUAUUCUACUUCUUUACAAUGUACAUUUAACAGUGUAUAAAAUGUAAUUAGAACAAUGAUUUCAUUAAAUUUCUUAAACAGUACAUACAACUUGUUUC